CCACCUUUCCCUUCAACCAUGUCGUUGCUCCCCUACAACAAUCCCCACAACUAUGAAUCAGAAAAGCUCAUCAUCAGAAAUUUCUUCGAAACCUUCAAGGGGGAGGCGGAGAAGGACCUUGAGGCUGGGAUGGCGGGGAUUCGGAUAGACGCGCCAGAAGACGCGCAAAUGGACCCAGAGAUGGAUAAAAAGUACAUGAGACAACUGCAACGAAUAGCCAACCGCGAACAAGAGAAGCUCGUCGUCGAACUGGAGGACAUAUGGCACUCCUCAGACAAUGACCAAGUAAAAACUCUUGUCCGGUCGAUCUGCGACAAUACUCGCCGCUAUGUCAUUCUUUUCAGCGAAGUCGUCGACGAUCUUCUGCGUCUGAAUCCUCCCACCAAAGACAUCAGCGAUAAAGACGAGGUCAUUGACGUGAUAAUGCAUCAACGACGUGAGCGGAAUGCACAGUUGGACCAAGCAGUUGCAUUUUCUCCACUUGUUUCCCAUAAUUUCCAAAGUAAUCUUUACUUCAAACCACUGCUCAACGACGUUGCUCUCGCCGUUCGCGAAGUUCAUAGUGCCCAUAUUGGACAUCUCAUCACUGUUCGUGGGAUCGUGACAAGAGUAUCAGAGGUCAAACCAUUACUACAAGUCAACGCCUACACUUGCGACGUUUGUGGGUCGGAAACAUUCCAAGAGGUCACAAACAAGACUUUCGCGCCACUCUACGACUGUGGCAACACCGAGGAGUGCGAGAAGAAUGGUGUGAAGGGCAGUUUGCAUAUGCAAACACGGGCAUGUCGUUUCAGUCCGUUCCAAGAACUCAAAAUCCAAGAGAUGGCUGACCAAGUUCCUGUUGGCCACAUCCCUCGUUCUAUGACGGUCCACGUCAGCGGGAGCCUUACACGCCUUAUGAACCCUGGCGAUGAGGUUCAUCUUGGUGGUAUCUUCCUCCCCGUUCCCUACACCGGUUUCCAAGCCAUUCGUGCUGGGCUUCUCACGGACACGUACCUUGACGUACAUGACGUUCACCAACAAAAGAAACAAUAUCGCGACAUGGAGACGACACCAGAGCUCGAAGCGAAGAUGGAGCAGCUCCACGCAGAGGACGGCUUAUACAACAAGCUGGCCGAAAGCAUCGCUCCUGAAAUCUAUGGCCACUCAGACGUCAAGAAGGCGCUUCUGCUCUUACUGGUUGGAGGGGUUACGAAAGUUACUAGUGACGGGAUGAAGAUUCGUGGCGACAUCAAUAUUUGUCUUAUGGGUGAUCCUGGUGUGGCGAAGUCCCAACUUUUGAAGUACAUCUCCAAAAUUGCCCCUCGGGGAGUGUACACGACCGGUAAAGGCUCCUCUGGUGUUGGCUUAACCGCGGCCGUUAUGCGUGAUCCUGUUACAGACGAAAUGGUCCUCGAGGGUGGUGCACUUGUGCUUGCGGACAAUGGAAUUUGCUGCAUCGACGAAUUCGACAAAAUGGACGACUCCGAUCGUACUGCCAUCCAUGAAGUGAUGGAGCAACAAACCAUCUCUAUCUCUAAAGCCGGUAUCUCGACCACCCUCAAUGCCCGCACCUCGAUUCUUGCAGCAGCGAAUCCUCUGUACGGUCGGUAUAACCCUAAAGUCUCGCCUGUCGAGAACAUCAAUCUUCCCGCGGCAUUGUUGUCGCGUUUCGACCUUCUCUUCCUGAUUCUCGAUAAACCAUCCCGCGACGACGAUGAACGUCUCGCUCAGCAUGUCACAUACGUCCACAUGCACAACCGUCAUCCAGACCUUGAGGAGGAGGUUGUGGAUCCUACUCUCAUGAGGCACUACAUCGCCAAAGCACGCGAAGUACGACCGGUGGUUCCUCCAGCGGUGUCCCAAUACGUCGUCGACUCGUAUGUCCAACUUCGCAAAGCGGGGAAGGCGGCAGAAGAAUCGAACAAAUCACACUCGUAUACCUCUGCUCGAACGCUUAUUGGUGUACUGCGACUUGCACAGGCUCUCGCCCGACUACGCUGGGUUGAGACGGUGGAGAUGGCGGAUGUAGAUGAGGCACUGCGGUUGAUGCGGUGCAGUAAACAGAGUCUGGAUGAUGAUGAAGACGAGAUGGCGACGGGACCAGACAAGAGCAUCGUCAGUCAGAUAUUCCGACUGAUCAAGCAAAUGGCGGGUGCUGGCGCUCCGAGGCGGAAGGCGAAGAGACAGCGGAGAAUGGGGAAAGGCCCCGACCGGGAGCGUGACAUGGCUGUCGAUUCCGAUUCGGACUCGGACGAGUAUUCAGGCCAGCAGGAGGUCUCGAUGGUAGACGUAAGAGCACGGGUAACUGCGGCUGGCUUUACUGAGGCGCAGUUGAACGAGACCAUAAUCAAGUACGAAGACUUGAAUGUCAUUGUUCGCGUUGCCAAUGGUGCUAAAAUACGUUUCGUCGAUGCCGAUUCAUAG